AUGGCACAAGCAAACCACAACGAGGCAACCACACACAUAUGGCACAAUUAUGUGCGUGCUCCCAACAUCGUGCUGAUUCAUGCCGGCGACCUGACAAACCAAGAGACUCACGCGGAGCUCUUUCGAGCAGUUUCCUGGCUUGAAAGUGCAGGCUUUGAAUGUAAACUAGUCGUCGCAGUAUUAUACUGCGGAUGCUUGCCAUCGUCAACCGUUGUGCUGACGUUGGAGCGCCGCACAGGGAAUCACGACAUCACCCUCGAUAGAGCAUUUUACGCCCACCACGGUAGCCGGUUCAACAACCAAGUAACCCAGCACCCCGAGGAGUGCCAAACACUGCUAGAAUCCAGCCCGACAAUAACAUACUUAUGCCACGAGUCCGCCGACAUUCGCCUACAGAGCAAUGAGGGCCCCCGCACUACAUUUACAGUGUUUGGCUCCCCGUAUAGUCCUCGGGAUGGCAAUUGGGCAUUUUCUUACCAGCCAGCGGUCGACGGAUGCCCACCGAGCUCUGCCGCCGUUGAAGCCGCAGGCCCUGUGCGGCUGACUAGCUAUGCACUGUGGUCGGAAAUCCCAGUCAGCACAGACAUAUUGGUGACCCACACCCCGCCACGGUCACACUGUGACUGGUCGGCAACGCGCAGUCGCCACGGCCAUGUCCAUGAGGGCCGUGGUGCCGAAUGGGUGCACUGGGGUGCCACGAGUAACAGUGCAUUGGUUGAACGAUGGGAUGAUCCAGGUUCGGGCAAAAAGAUGUCGAUUGUCAACGCGGCAGCUCACACCGGCAGGUCACCUCGAUAUGGAGCAGGCCAUGUGGGUGCCAGCCACAGCAGCUUUGGGGAGACAUGUAUUGUGAACUGUGCCAUCACGGCCACCACAUAUCCGCAUCUGGGAGGCAAGCGGCUGCACAAACCGAUCGUGGUAGACUUGCACCUCCCCGUCUGCGACGAUGCCUAUCGAGACAUUUAA